AUGCUUCCCAGAGGAGAGUGCAUUAGACUUGAAUCUGGAAUUGAACCAUCAACUUCUUAUCUGAGUGAACAGAUAAAAAUAGUAGGUCACUUUCAAAAUCACAAAACAUCCGCUGGUUUUUCAGUUGUGCUUUGUCAUUAUAAAAACUGGCACUUGCAGCAUUUGACAACCAAAGUUACAGGAUUUUCCGCACUUUUUUUCAUAGUUUGGCCACAGGUGCGACUUAUAUUCAGAUGCAAUUUAUAUGUGAAAUAUAUGGGGGGGCACGUGCGUGGUUACGUCACACCGGCGGAGGACGACAACAUGGCGGCCUCCUUGCGCCUGGGUCGUCAGGGGAUAUUAUUUGGACUAAAAUUAAACCCGUUUAAUAAAUGUGUCUGGGGUUUACAGUUAUGGCAGGAACCCGCAAGACAUUUGUUUCAGUCCGCUUAUUGUCUCGGGGUCGCCCCACUCAAGGUACAGAUGCCUGCUCUGUCCCCAACGAUGGAGGAGGGAAACAUAGUCAAAUGGCUCAAGAAAGAAGGUGAAGAAGUAGCAGCAGGUGAUGCCCUUUGUGAAAUAGAAACUGAUAAAGCGGUGGUUACUAUGGAGUCCAGUGACGACGGCGUGCUGGCGAAGAUAUUGAUGGAGGAGGGCAGUCGGGGAGUGCGAUUGGGCACUCUCAUCGCCCUCAUGGUGGAGGAGGGUCAGGACUGGAAGCAGGUGGAGAUACCCCCUCCUGAAGCUGCUGCUCCAUCUGAGGCUGCCCCUGCCCCAGAAACCACGGCAACCACAUCAACCGCACCAACACAAACCCCCACCACUCCAAAACACACGUCUGGACCCUUGCGUCUUAGUCCGGCAGCAAGACACAUCCUGACCUCCCACGGGCUCGACCCAAAGCUGGCCACAGCCACUGGACCAAGAGGACUCGUUACCAAGGAAGAUGCUCUAAAUCUCUUGAAGGCUUCUCCUGGUGCCAAACUUAUUCCACCUGUGGCUGCUCCUCCGCCCUCAUCUCCAAGUCCGGCAGCCCCCACUCCGUCCCCCGCCCGUGCUUCAGCAGCAGCAGCCCCAGCUCCCCCCGGAAGCCGACCCAACGUCCCUCCUCUGUCUGUGCCAGGGAAGCCUGGAGCACCGGGUACUUUCACAGAAAUCCCAGCCACAAAUGUGCGGCGUGUAAUCGCUCAGAGGCUAACGCAGUCGAAGACCACCAUCCCCCACGCAUACGCCACUGUGGACUGUGACAUGGCCGCUGUCAUUCAACUGCGCCAAGAAUUAGCCAAAGAACAAAUAAAAGUGUCUGUUAAUGACUUCAUUAUCAAGGCAGCGGCUGUUACACUCAAAGAAAUGCCUGAAGUGAAUGUGACGUGGGCGGGGGACGGACCACACGCACUCGACACAAUCCACAUCUCUAUCGCCGUGGCGACAGAGCGAGGCCUCAUCACUCCUAUCAUUAAAGAUGCUGCUAGCAAAGGUGUCCAGGAGAUUUCAGCUAAUGCCAAGACCUUAGCUCAAAAGGCCAGAGACGGCAAACUCCUACCAGAAGAAUACCAGGGAGGUUCAUUCAGCAUAUCUAACCUGGGCAUGUUCGGCAUCAGCGGCUUCAGCGCCGUGAUCAACCCCCCUCAGGCCUGUAUCCUCGCCGUGGGGACGUCCAGGAAGGAACUGCAGCUGAGCGAGGACCACCAGAGCGUCCAGACCCGGCAGCUCAUGACCGUUACACUGUCCAGCGACGGACGACUGGUGGAUGAUGAAUUGGCCUCACGCUUUCUCGAUAAGUUCAGAGCCAACCUGGAGCAACCUCAACGCAUGGCACUGGCGUAAACGGAAAAAUCGUGACAAGGAAUUGAAAACUUCCUAACAUGGCCUAUCUACUGUAGUACAAGCUCAUGCAGAAAGUAUGUUUAUUCAUGGUUUUUAGCUUCCUGUUCUAUUUCGAGAGCUCAUAUUAUGCUAUUUCUGAUGUUAUAACGUUAUUUCCUCUGGAGUCGUGUUUUGUUUCCUUCACACGUUUAACACUCAAACCCCGGCUGAGUUCUUGCGGAACAGAAAACACUCCACUUCGUGAUGUCAUGUGGUAAAACAGAAAGUGCUCAAGUCUGUUUUUAACCUCCCUAUACCUUCACUAGAAUCAUUUGGAUAAUUUCAGCCCUGGAAUUGCCCAUCUCUACUGAAUUAAAUGUAAAAGGUAGUUGUUAAGCUGAAAAUUUCCACUUCAUGACAUCACAAGGUGGAACAGAGCAUUUUGAGUUUGGAGUAAUCCUGCGUUAUUAGUCUGUCUUCAUCUCCAAACAUGUGUGAAUGAAACAAAACACAGCUCCAGGUUUGUUUUUGAUGAAAUAACAGCAUUAUAACAUGGCUUAACACUCCUAAGAAUCAGUUUUGUACAAUAUAGGACCGUUAACAUUUCGAGAAUUGUGUUUUGAAUCGUUAAUCGCAAUUUUUUCCAUCAUUCUAAAACCAGUGGAUAGCCAUGUUUUUACUACAUGAUUAUAAUAACAGAAAUUCAGUUUGGAAAGGCGGGCUUGUUCCUGUUGUCAUUUGAAAGGCAUGUCUGUGAAGUUUUCUAUCCAAUCCUCCGUAACUGCACAAGCAGAAAUUGUAGUUAUUUUUGGGAUUCUUGUUAACGUUUUAUCACUGUUAAACCGCUUUAGGAAGGGAAUCAAAACAUUUUAACAUUUCACUCAAGUUCGAUGGACAGCACAGAUGCAUAGUAAAUGUGUUAAAAGGUCCAUGUAUGCAUAGCCAGGCCCUGGGAUAGUUAUUUAUAAAAACGUAUGCUUUUGGCUAUCUGUGCAGUUGUCAGCCUCUGCGGUGGAGGCAGUGAGUUGGUGUAAAAACGUUCAACAUUCGGGCCGAGUUGCCAAAUGAUAUGUUGUAUAGCAUUUUUGGUGUGUAUAUAUAGUCCUUAAACUGUUAAUGCACUUACAAAACUCUAUGUUAUCUUUGUCCACUUACUAUUUAUUACUGAAAUCAGAGCUUUUAAGUGCAGAAGACAUUAAAUCGGAAACCUAAUUGGCGCUUUACUAACAACGUAACAUCCAAAAAAGUAUUUCCAGUUUUACAGUGAUUCAGUGACAUGCCAAUAAAACACUAUCCAACUUUA